CUGCUCCUGUAAUUUAUUUUUUAAAUAAUAAUAUUUAAUUACUCAGGUAUUGACUCAGGUCUAAGUUUAUGUAUUCUCUCGUAAACAAGAAAAUUAGUUACCCAUGCUUUCAUUUAUUAGGCAUGAAUUGUAUUUGGAGUUAAAGUGUUCGAUUACUAAAAUAUAAUAUGGUCAAUUAAAAAUUAUUUCGAAUUAUUUUCACUGCAAUUUCUAAUGUAACGGGUAGUAGGUAUCGAUACUAGAAAUCAAUAUGCCAGGCCCAUUCAAGAGAUUGUUACAUUGGGGUCCUAUAGCAGUGCUGUGCAUUAUUAAGCUUAUAACAUGGGCAAUGGUGCAUAUGAUAGGUAUGUGGUGGCCCCCCACAAAUUCUGUUGGAGGAGCCCUGCAUGCGGCCACAUUUUUGACACUUGCUGUAUCUACUCUGUACUAUUUCCUACAAGCACUUCUUGUGGGCCCAGGUUUUGUGCCACAUGGCUGGGGACCGAAAUGUGAGAUUGAUGAAAAAAAAUUGCAGUUCUGUUCAAUAUGCAAUGGAUUUAAGGCACCUCGAUCACAUCACUGCAAAAAAUGUGGCCACUGUGUGUUGAAGAUGGAUCACCACUGCCCAUGGAUCAACUGCUGUGUCGGCCAUUUGAAUCACAAAUAUUUUGUGUAUUUCCUCUUGUCUGCUGUGUUGGGUUGCUUACAUGCAUCAGUGGUGCUAAUUAUUUGCUUAUACCAUGCUGUGCACCGUUUCUGGUACAUUCAGUACGGGAGGGGGGAUGAACCAAUCAUCUAUGUGACGUUGACAACUCUUUUGUUGACAUUACUUGCUACGGGCAUGGCUGUCGGUGUGGUCUUGGCUGUAGGAGCACUCUUCUAUUUACAAAUUCGUGGUAUACUAAAUAACCGCACUACUAUUGAGGAAUGGAUCAUAGAGAAGGCUGUGUGCCGUAGACAAGAGCAGGGCUUGCCGCCAUUUCAGUUCCCCUACGACUUGGGUUACAAAGAGAACUUGCGUUUGUUCCGAGAUGGCGAAAAAUAUGACGGUAUUAAUUGGAUCAUAGCAGAAGGCUGUGGAGAAUAUGAUUUAACUGUAGAGCAAAAAGCGCAAAAGGUAGAGAAGUUGGAGCGGUCGCGCGUGUACGUGGCACGGGCGGCGUACAGCGGGCGCUGGGUGCCGCUGUGUGCGUACACGCGCGCCGCGCUCGCCCCGCCCUGCUCCGACGAGCCCCGCCUACCGCUAGUCUCCGGCGACACGAUCAGAGCUACUAGGCGACGCAGGCAUUGGCUGUUUGGUGAGCGCCUGACUCGGUUCACGGGACCAAAAGGGCCUCGCGGGUGGUUCCCCCGCGAGUGCGUGGCGCCCUACGACAAGAACAAACCGGACUAAACUUAAUAAAACCGGACAAUGUAAAGGCCGGACAGGGUUUAAAACCGGACAGUGUAUAAAAGGACAGUUUACAAUUGACGAUGAUAAAUUGUUUAUAGCAAAAGGAAACUAAUGAACAGUGUAUAAUAUUUUCAAGCAUGAAAAACCACAACUGAACAGUGAGGCUUAAGUUGCUCACGGUAAGAAAAAACUGUACAAAUGUAAGUGGCACAAGUUGUAUAGCAAGAACUAUUAUACAGUUUGUGUAGUACAUAAAUUUGAUUACACAAAGUGUAAUGUCAGUAGCUCAACUUGUUAUCUUGUAAUGAAUGAAUUGAGUAUAUCAGGAUCAGGACUAAGGUAAUUAUUAUUGUUUGUAUGUUAUUCUGUUUUGUAAAUGUCUAAGUUUUGUGGGACCUAAUAUUAUACUGAUGAAAUCAUUCCAACAGCUAUCAUAAUAUGGGUUAUAGUAUUAUAGUAUAAUCUGGGUACUUACCUCCAUAAUAUUAUGAUAUUACCAUUUAGAUAUUGUAAUAGUUUAAAAGGCUUUUGAUUAUGUUUGUUGCAAUGCAAACAUAGUGUAUACUUUUUGUUUUAUUUCUUCUAGUUCCAUCGCCCAUGUUUCCUAGUCUAGUUCCUAAAAUAGUGUUUAAAAAUUUCAUACCUAUACAGUCCAUUAUGGAGGUUGCAUUUAUUUUUCCAUUAUUCCGCGGCUGCACAUGCGUUUAUCGUACGAAGUUUCGUGCUAUGAGACGAUACACGGAGAUCGUCCAAUGGUAUCGUU